ACCCCUAGCGCGAACUUUGUCGGUGCUACAGGGAGUGCGUGCUGCGAGUGCGUCCGACUUUGAAUGCCCCUAUUGCACCUCGUUCCGUCUACUCUAACCACGGUCGCCGGAUUAGGAUCGGGGUUCUUCUAGAUCACUGUCGUCGCGCUCCGUCCCGAUGCUUAGCUUUCAGUUUUUUUCUCUUGGUCUUCCUCUUUCAAUCUCAGUCCGAGAAGAGCGCCGAGGAUCCUUGUUAUAUAAAGCGUCCUCAUGUCUCUAGAGUACUGCUGGAUUUUCUAUCCUUCAGGACCCCCUUUUUAAUGUUCUCUGUGCACUCGCUCAAGAUGCGCCGUUUCCUCGUCGUCGUAUGCCUUGUUGGCGCCACAUCUGCGUUCCCCGGAGAGAAUGCCCCUGGACUGAAACGAGAUGGACACGCAUACACCUUUGACAUCGGCACGGGGCCGCAGCUGCAAGUAAAUACUUCCGACAAACCAGCACCGUCGGUGAUGUACACGACUGAGAACGGUGCCCCGUACUCUCAACCAUACGAUGCCCAACGGAUUGGUGCCGACGGGCCUCUUCUACUGCAGGAUGUUCCCUUAGUUGAAGGCUUAGCUCAUUUCGUCCGCGAACGAAUCCCAGAACGGGUAGUUCAUGCUAAAGGCGUGGGAGCCCACGGAUAUUUCGAAGUCACUAAUGCCGAUUUCGCGAAGAAUUAUACCAUGAUGGAUGUCCUGAGCAAGAAUGGUCUUCGAACACCUAUUACAAUCCGCUUCAGCACCGUCGGUGGAGAAUCCGGUUCUGCAGACUCGGCCCGCGAUCCACGGGGAUUUUCCAUGAAGUUCCGCACACGUCGGGGCAUCUGGGACCUUGUCAUGAACAAUACUCCUGUAUUCUUCCUCAGAGAUCCUUCCAAAUUCCCUUAUUUUAUCCAUACACAAAAGCGAGAGCCGCAGACGCAUCUUCGCGAUAAGGACAUGUUCUGGGAUUACCUUGGCUCCAACCCUGAGUCUUUGUAUCAGGUCAUGCGUCUAUUCUCGGACCUUGGCACACCCUACGGUGUGAGGCAUAUGCAUGCCUGGACCGGUCAUUCUUAUCGUUGGGUGAAAAAGGAUGGCAAGUGGGUAUACGUGAAACUCUAUGUGGAGAGUAUGCAAGGCAUCCGUAACUUCACCAAUGCCGAAGGGACUGAAAUGCAAGGCACCAAUCCGGACUUCUCAGCACAGGAUCUUUUUGAGUCGAUUGAGGCCAAGAAAUUCCCUGGCUGGACCAUGUAUGCUCAGGUUUUAACACCAGCCCAAGCCGAGAAAUUCAAAUAUAAUGUGCUCGAUCUGACCAAGGAUUGGGGCUUUGACGACGUACCUAAGACGGAAAUUGGCAAGUUCUAUCUCACAGAGAACCCUGCGAACUACUUCGCAGAGGUUGAGCAAGCAGCUUUCUCUCCUGGACAUCUAGUAGACGGCUGGGCCCUUUCCGCUGACCCCGUUCUACAGAGUCGAUCGUUCUCCUACUCAGACGCGCACCGUUACAGAUUAGGGGCGAACAAUAUGCAAAUACCUGUCAAUACUCCCUUAUGUCCGGUGGCGAAUUUCCAACGUGAUGGUUUCAUGAACGUCCAAGGAAAUCAAGGUUCCCGUCCAAAUUAUCUUUCCACCCUUAGCUCUAUUAAGCUGCCCGAACUACCAUAUGUUGACGAUAAGCAUCAGCAAUGGACUGGAGGCGCAGUUCGUUCGCUCUCACAAGUCACUGAAAUCGACUUUGACUGGCCUCGCCGUUUCUUGAAUGCGCUCUCAAAAAAGGACCGCCAGAAUUUGAUCAACAAUAUUGUCGGACACCUUGGCGCCGUCAAAAGUAAAGACGUUCGGCGACGACAAGUAGCCCUUUUUGCCCAUACUAAUGCUGACUUCGGGGGAGCUAUUGCAAAGGGUGUUGGUGUUCCUGUUGUCCCCUUAUCGUUCAAAGAUGGACCUACAUGGUUGAACACCACUGUUCCGUCGAAGAACAGCACUCUUCAUUACUGAGCGAACCGGCAGGCUCAUCAGUAAAAAUAGGACCCCGGCAGCUUCCUAUGCUGAAUGUCCGGAAAUUUCUCACUUUUGACCUUCCCGCGCGCGUGGAUUUCAGGCCUCUCCCGACGCGCUAUCCGGACAUACAGUGCCAACAAAAUAGGCUUUUUUCAUAUUAUCUACUGUAUAUUCUAUUCUACUUCGCCGCUUUCAAGGUCUUUUCUUCUUUGUACUGAAUCUUCAAAAUGUUCUCGAUGUAAUUACCUUCAAUCAAAUCCCACCUUCCAU